GACCCCCCUGAGCCUCCGCUGGGGUCGCCCCCCACCCACCUCCCCCCCGCCGCAGGGAUGGCCUCGCUGGGCACCAGCAGCCAGAUGGUCACCGAGUACGUGGUCCGGGUGCCCAAGAACACCACCAAGAGGUACAACAUCAUGGCCUUCAACGCCGCCGACAAGGUCAACUUCGCCACCUGGCACCAGGCGCGGAUGGAGCGCGACCUGAGCAACAAGAGGAUGUACCAGGAGGAGGAGCUGCCCGAGAGCGGCGCCGGCAGCGAGUUCCACCGGCGGCUGCGGGACGAGGCCCGGCGCAGGCGGCUCGGCUUCGCCCCCCGCGUCUUCCGCGCCGAGGAGCAGCCCUGGGUGCUGCGCGUGAACGGGCGGGCGGGGCGCAGGUACAAGGGGGUGAGGAAGGGCGGCGUCACCGAAAACGCCUCCUACUACAUCUUCACGCAAUGCCCCGACGGCGCCUUCGAGGCCUUCCCCGUCCAGCACUGGUACAACUUCACCCCGCUGGCCAAGCACCGCACGCUGACGGCCGAGGAGGCCGAGGAGGAGUGGGAGAGGUCAGGGGGCGCGGGGGGACCCCCAAACUCCCAGGCGACCCCCCCCGCCCCAGAGCUUGAGACCCCCUGGAGCAGAGGGGAUGGUGUCGGGGGCGUGACCCUGAGCCGGGGCGGGGGGAUGUU